AGGAAGGAGGGACCGUGUCGGUGGGAUGGUCCGGAAAUGCUGUGAUAAAAAGAGGGGCGCGGGCGAAAAGUAGGGAGAAGGUCUGGAGUCAUUCCCUCUCCUCCACACUGCACCCGCAACUUCCCCGGCAGCCCUCAGGCUCACGGGCGCCGGCCGGAGCCUCCCGGGGAGCAGAGGAGCCGCAGCCACUCGCCGCCGGCCCGGCCCGUCUCAGCACCGCACCCGCCGCCGAGCGAGGCUGCCCUCCAAGGAUUCCUGGUCUCUGUGCAUGUGAGGUGUGAAGGUGGGAGCACCCCAAAGCCCUCAUCAUGGAUUUUGUUAUGAAACAAGCUCUAGGAGGGGCUACCAAAGACAUGGGGAAGAUGCUGGGUGGAGAUGAGGAGAAAGACCCAGAUGCUGCCAAGAAAGAAGAGGAACGACAGGAAGCCCUCAGGCAACAAGAGGAAGAGAGGAAAGCCAAAUAUGCCAAGAUGGAGGCUGAAAGAGAAGUUAUGAGACAAGGGAUUCGAGACAAGUAUGGGAUAAAGAAGAAGGAAGAAAAGGAAGCAGAGGCCCAGGCUGCACUGGAAGCUAAUGCUGAAGGGAGUCUGACACGCCCAAAGAAGGCGAUCCCUCCUGGCUGUGGGGAUGAGGAGGAGGAGGAAGAAGAGAGCAUUCUAGACACAGUCAUCAAAUACCUACCAGGGCCCCUGCAGGACAUGUUCAAGAAGUAAUAGCUGCAGACUGUUAGAUGGGCAUAAACAGUACUGCAAAGGAUUUCUCUUUUGCCCAAUGGGGAUUUACAAUCUUGCCAUCCAUCAUGCAGCCCUCCCCACCUCUGCCCUCUACUGCUCACUAGGAGUCCCUUCGCUUCCCAUUCCCUUCUAUCAGCCUCUUUCCCUUUCCUCCACCCCAAGACUUAUCCAUUCCUUUUUUGUACAUAGUCUCACAUCCAGUAGAUGCCUCUGAAUGGAUGUAAAGAUUAAAAAGCUGCAGACUACACAACUUUUAUUAUAAGCCAUAGUACUAUGUAUGUUAAAUAAGGCAACUGCACAUCAAGCAUAGAAAAGGAACAAUCUCAUUUCCAUCCAGAGCAAGAAGGAGCGUUCACUAAGUAUGAACAGUGGCCUCUUUAAUUUUUUUAAUUAUCUUUUUUUAAUUAUUAUUUUUGAUAAUAAUUAGUCAUUAUUAUAAUGUUCUUGUUGAUUAGGUCACACUAGCCAUUUUUUGUUGACCACAUCUGCUCUUGGCAGGGAUAUCUCAGUUAUCCCAUGGAAGCAGAGCUUUUCAGUUUUAAUUCCAUUGCUGACAUAAAUAAAAGAUCAUUUGUAAAGUAAAUCAUGCAUGACUUACACAGCUGACAUCAUGCAGAACUGUGGAAGAAGUGAGUCAUCUGCCCUCAGAUGCUGUAGAAGUUAAAUGCCUCAGAAUCUAAGCAAGACUCAUGUUGCUUUGGGAAUUAGCCAUACACUUAACUUGAAAGAGCAAAUUGGUGAGACAGUUGCUAUACAGAGAGCUGAGACCACAGGAGAGUGCAUGGUGCUCUGGUAGAGGACCUUCCCAGCCCCUCUGAAGCCAAUGACCAAGUACAUUUGCUGCUCUGUUUAACCUUCCUCUUUCUGCCCGAUACCGUAUUCAACACUCGCAUUUCCAGCACUGUUUGUUUGCAGGCUGGGCUUUUGGGUUUCCAGCAUAUUGUUGUGGCUGUGUCAUGCCCACCUCUUCCUGGAGUGUGUGGGUGUGUGUUGUGGCUCAAGUGUUAGUUAUGGCCCUGGAGAUCCAGAAAUUCGGGGUAUGCCUGAUAUGUAUCAUGCUAAAUUACUGCCUUGCCUUGGGGAGGUCACUUAUUUUUCUGCCCCAAUGGCAAAAUGUAGGUUUCGGUCUCUGCCUGCUAUAAAGGCAUGAAGUGAGGAUGCUUCUCCAGUACUGUGCAGGAGCUCAUUAAUAUUAGUGCAGUGUGUGGUAUCCCUUGAUGCUAAUAGGUUGGGAGGAAGUCUCUUUCUCACCAUUUUUUUGUUGCCUUUUGCAGACACAGGUACAGAGGGCUUCUCAGUACAGCACUGUAGGUAUGAAGUAACUACAAAAGAUAAAUAAAAUUCUAUGGGAGAUGUUGACUUGGUAGCACAUGCAUAGAUUCAAUACAUAGACAGACUUAUUUUGAACAUAGAUUCUCAUGAUCAGGUAUCUGGCUGGUCAUCUGAAGAGCUAAUCCUGGAAUUUUGCAUUUGGCUAUGUCUCUGUAGUUGAUGCUCUGAGAGGAUCAUGCCAUCUCAGUCUUAUGGUCUUGUAAAAGAAAUGAGGGUUUUUCUGUUGGAACUAGCAUUGCUUAUCCCUGUCCUGGGAAAAAUAAAAAUUUCCUAAAUAUGUGGAAGAGAUUUGAAAGCCAACACACACUUUUAGCUGGCAAUAAAAAGGAAACAAUCUCAGACACUUCAUUGUGUACCUAAAUUAAGCAUUUUACUUCAGUGGAACUUCUUUGUUGCACUGGUUCAGUGGAACUGAGUUUGGGCAAACAUCUCAGUAUUUUCCUGAAUAAGAAAUUUUAGAAGAUAUUUAUCAUCUUUUCAGGUAAGCAAAACAAAUCUGCAUCAUGGUUAAGGCAGUGAGCUUGUGAGCUCUGUGCCUUCCCCAUCUCUCUUAAUAGGGGAAAAAUGCUACGAAAGAGAAGACAUACAGCAUUCCCUCCUCACCCAGUUCUUAUUCAGGUAUUAUAGUCCUUGCUUCUUCCCAAAUAAUUUUGACUGUAAGUUUCUGCUGAAUCCAAGGUGGACUCUGAGGAAGUUUGACUGAUCUACAAGUCAGAACAAGCUGAUAAAGAUGCAACUUAUUUCAGGCUGGAUCUGCAAAUAGGACAUGGUCUUUCAAGUACAGGCUGCCAAGGACUAUCCAGAAGAAAGAGAUAGCAGGUUUUAUUCAUUUGGGUAAUGUCAGUGGGCCUUUCCUAUCCUAACUUUCAUUUAAAGCAAGAUGAGUGUCUCCCUUUUAAGACUUUUAAUGACCCAGAACGCCCUGUGAGUAAGUGCUUGGAUAUAGCACAGCAGUGUUGAACAAUCUACCAUUUUCGAGGGAGAGUGCCCUACUCACCCCAUGCAAACUCAGCAACUAGUAAUCUGAGCCUAUUUAAGUAAACCUCAAAGAAUUGAAAACCCUCCUUUUGUCGUAAAGGCAGCAGCUCCUUUUGAUGCUCUACCACAGAGCACCCCUGAAAGCUACAAGGCAGAGGCUGGAUCUUUGCUUCAGCCCCUUUUUGGUAGUUAAAUAUCCUGAGUUAGAUCACACUGAUAUACAGACAUCAAUGCUUUUGCAAUGCCCUCAUUAAUCUCUGUGGCCUGCAUCCUCCAACACAUAAGGAGAACCAGAUAUCUGCCUCUGCUAAAAGAAACGUGUCCCUUCAUGUUGUCCCCUGGCCUUGUGCUGGAGAACUCUUGCAGAUAAAGAGGAUAAACUUGCUCCAUUUUGCUUUGGCUUUUCCCUACCACUUGCUUGUUCACCUUUUCCUGACGCCAUCCUUGACUCCUUUCCUCAUCCACCAAAUACUGUUCCUGACACAGUGUCAGAAUUUUCUGCCUGGCAUCCUCCCUGCAGACUGCUAUCACUGAUUAUUUUCACAGUCUCUCUGGCAGCUUGAUGUGCAUGUUUGUGCACAUAUGUGUGGACAGUUGGGAAAUUAGAGAAGAAAGGGAGAGGAGAGAUAAAGGAGGAGUGUUUGGUACAGUUUUGUCUAACUGCCGCAGCAGUUGUGCCACUGAAUGACUGGUCCACAAGUCAGGAUCUUGUGCGGCCUGUACUCCAAUUUCUUAAGCAGGUACUGCUAUCCCUGGGCUCAGAACAUUAAAAAUACUCCUUUUGUGAGCUGAGCUCCUGAGCUGUGUGAACAUCUGGAUUGAAACACUUAAGAAGUCCAUAGGAACUCUCUGCUGAGUCUGGUAGGCCUUGUGCCAGACUCACAGAGCAGAAGGGAAAGGGAAGGUGGCUUAUUAAAUAGCGUCUACUGAGUCUUUUCCAUUAUGGGAGCUUCCCAGCUCAGCCACGUCAUCGCUUCUUACCUCAACAUCUGCAGCAAACCUUCCUCUAUGGGCAGCAGACAGUUCAGCCAGGUGUGAGCUGGUAGUUCCCAUUUUCCUUUCCUUUCAAUUAGAAACAUGACAGAAGAUCUAUCGUAGGUGCUGGGUAGGUUUUGCUUGGUUUUGCCUCAUGUGACUCUUGGCAUGCUGCAUGAGUUGUGGACCUCUCCUCAAGUCAUUCCACUGUCCCUGAAGUGCCUAAGCCAUGCUGAAGAGACUCGAGAGCAGGCACUCUCCCCUCUCUCCUGCCCAUCUAUUUCCCUUCCCACUCAGAACUGGCAACAAGGUACACAGACACCUUUGGCUCAUGUAUGGAAGUGAGAAGAAUUGUCUCAAACAGUUUUCCUCUCGGCACUCAAGCAGGUGAUGAAGCACUUAAACAAGACCAAAGAGAAGCAUGGUUCAUUGUUUGGAUUCUGAAUAUCUCUUUGUCUUUUCAUGGCAUUGUUUUAUUUGCAUCACUGGUCUGUUCAAUCUCAGGUAAAUGAGGUAUUUUAAUUUUAUAACAGGUUUUUAUUUACACAGAAAGGUUGGUGGCUAGACACUGCAGUCAUUUUCCCUCACAACUCCAAGACCUUACUGGUUAGGUAAAAAAUAGUCAAAGGGCCUUCACAUUUGGAGGGUAAAUGAUUUAGUUUGCCAUUGACCUUGUAAAAUCACAUUUGUAUUUAGAGAAAGCCAUAUGAAAUCAGACUGCAAUAUUAAUUAUGAAUGCUACUCUUGUGUUUAAAAUGAAUAAAACAAAAUGUAAGAUCAUAUGCUAAAUCACUUUGGAGUUCCUCUGUCUAUGUUUCUAGUAUCAUACAUUGACUUAGACCCUUCCCAGCCCCUCUCCUUCAUCAAAAAAGACCAUACCAAUGCUGCUGAAUACAUCUUUUUGCCAAGCUUACUGUGCUAGAAUAAGCAUUGUUAGAAAUUAGUUGUUGUGAUCUAAAUGUAAAGUCUUAUGUAUCUGAAAGUUGUCUGUAUCUGUUCUGAAUAUAUGUUAUCGAGAUAACUGUUUCUUCAUGCACUGAGUUAGUAAAAUGUUUCAGUAUUGUCAUUAAAAAAUUGCCUGUUUUCUCUCUUUCUCUCUCACACACAGCAAAAUUCAACUUAGCCAUGCAUUUUCUAGCAAAAAUGCUCCCCAGCUUUCUUUCAGAUGCAUGCAGCACUAGAAGAUGAUUUAAAGUAGAAACUUUGUGAGUGUGAUUUUAAUUUGUUAUUUUUCUGGUACUUUUUCCUGCAUGAUAUGGGUAAAUGGUAUGAUGUUCUUUUAAAAUGGAAUCACAGCCAAUAAAAACCCCCAGUGAUUUCAUAAA